AAUAGGUCAGUUUAAUAUUGGACGUCAUACUUUAAGUGUGUUAUAACUGGAAUAAAUUUUGUCUGAUAAAACUGAAUACAAUUCGAUAAGAAUAUCACUUUAAGAUGCCACUAGCUACAGCAAAAGUUAAUGGAAUGAUUAAUGGUAUGACAUUGCCCAACAAUGUUAUAGACGAUCAAGUCUUUUUAUACACUUCUGAAUCCGUUGGCGAAGGUCAUCCAGAUAAGAUUUGUGAUCAAAUAAGUGAUGCAAUUUUAGAUGCACACUUGCGUCAAGAUCCAAAUGCUAAGGUUGCUUGUGAGACUGUUACAAAAACUGGUAUGAUUUUACUUUGCGGAGAAAUAACAUCUAAUGCAGUCGUGGAUUAUCAAAAUGUAGUACGCAAUACUGUUAAGGAAAUUGGUUACGAUGACAGUUCCAAAGGUUUUGAUUAUAAAACAUGUAAUGUAUUGUUAGCCUUAGAUCAGCAAUCCCCGGAAAUAGCUGCAGGCGUACAUGCUAAUCGUCCUGAUGAGGAAAUUGGUGCUGGUGAUCAGGGCAUUAUGUUCGGCUAUGCUACUGAUGAAACUGAUGAAUGUAUGCCUUUAACAGUAAUUUUAGCACAUAACUUAAACAAACGUAUUGCUGAAUUACGUCGUUCUGGUGAAUUGGAUUGGGCACGUCCUGACUCUAAGACACAGGUUACAUGCGAGUAUCAUUUUCGUAAUGGUGCUGCCAUACCAUUACGUGUGCAGGCUGUCGUUGUAUCGGUCCAACAUUCUGAGCAUAUAUCUUUAGAUGACUUACGUGCACAGGUUCUCGAAAAGGUGAUUAAACAUGUAAUACCACCUAUGUACUUUGAUGCUAAUACAAUAAUACAUAUUAAUCCAUGCGGUAAAUUUGUUAUUGGCGGCCCGAUGGGUGAUGCUGGUCUCACUGGACGUAAAAUAAUUGUAGACACCUAUGGUGGUUGGGGCGCACAUGGUGGAGGAGCUUUUUCGGGUAAAGAUUUCACAAAAGUAGAUAGAUCGGCUGCUUAUGCUGCGCGUUGGGUAGCUAAGUCUUUGGUUAAAUCUGGUUUAUGCAAACGAUGCUUAGUUCAACUAUCAUAUGCAAUUGGUUUGGCUGAACCAUUAUCGAUUGCUGUAUUUGAUUAUGGUUCAUCGCAUAAAACUGAAUUGGAAUUACUUAAUAUUAUAAAAAAGAAUUUUGAUUUACGUCCUGGUAUGAUUGUAAAAGAUUUAAAUUUGAGACAACCAAUAUAUCAGCGAACAAGCACUUAUGGUCAUUUUGGACGUGAAGAAUUCACUUGGGAACAAGCGAAGCCCUUGGUUAUCGAUAAUAAGUAAAAAUACAUUUUCAUAUAUACAAAAAUUCGAAAAAAUUAACUUUUAGGCAUUUUAAUCUUUAAAAUAUGGCACUUCACGUUAUUAAUUUAAUUUUAAUUGCUGAAAAUAAUUGCUUUAAGCAAUAUUUUAUUACUAUUUUUAAUUAUGAAAAAAUUUUCACUUAAUUUGCUAACAGAUAUUUUUUUAAAAAUAUAUUUGUAAACAUUAAUUAAUUAUAAAAUUUUAUAAAUAAACAUAUAUAUGAUUUUGUUAGCAUGAUAAUUUUAAUAUUCAUUUGUAAUUGAUGAACGUGAAAUUGUCAUAUUAAACGAAUUAUGAUUUUAAAAUUUGAAUAUUUAAAUUUUUUAAAGUAUGAAAAUAAAUACAUAACUUUAUAAUAAUAUAUAAGUAUUUAUUUUUUGAAGUUAAAACUAUUUGUCAGAAUCA